CAAGGACAGCAGAACACAAAUCAGAAGCCAAAAAAAAGGGUGACGAAGGAUGAGAAAACACCACUGGAUCCAAAUCCUCAGCCAGCCAUGUUCACUUUAUCUCUCCACUCCCCGUGGGCCGUUACUGAGAACAUGAACCGUUGGUGUGGGGGCCAUGAUUGGCGCAGUGCGUCUAAUUCUGACAAUUUGGAAUCAUUAGACUUCGCUUUCCUCGACUCGGGCAAGAUCGUCGUGGAGAUCGUGAAUCUCGAAUGGAGGGAACCUUUGCCUCGGUGCCAGUGGCUUCGCAAGUUGCCGAACUUUUUCCAAGACGGUCCCAUGGGCUUAGUCAUCCGCAUCGCCCUCCCAAUUAGGCAGGCUGUGAGGUCAUCCAGCUCUGAUGCUCAGCUCCAUCGAACAAACACAGCCAUUGUUCGCGUCCAGCAUCCGUAUCUGCGCCUCAAAGAAGUAUAUGCUUGGCCUUUUUUUCAACUAUUGAUUGGUAUUACUGUGAAGGACAAAAAGGUUUCGUUCGGAGAGAUUGCUGAGUUUACAGGUAUGAUCAUCUCAAUGCAGUUACAAAUAGUCAGGAUCCCACCAAACUCAAAGAGCAGGCCUAUGGACAAAAGUACCUGAUAGCAAAGGCCAGAGGGGUGACGGUGUCCAACCACCGGCUUCAGUUCAUGUUCCUGACUCACGUUCGCUGCUGAAUACUGGGUCCAAACUCAGCUCAACUGUGCCCGCCGCGGCAGGAUGACGAUUGACAGAUCUCAUGGGUCCCCUUCAUGCAGUCUCCAUUUCGCCUUCCAUUCGCCUUCCACCGUACAAUGCUCCGUUUGGCUGUUGACCCUCCAUCUCCUAGUCCAUGCAUCACCAUGCAGCUGUGCUCGAACGAACCGGCUGAAAGAGGGUUAAUAGAUAGACGGGGAAGUCGGGAACUUCCGCAAAUAGAUAGGGAAUGAAUGGAUCAUUCAGAAGAAUGGCAUUGAACCGUAAAUCCGGCUUCUCUGAUUGGAUUGACCCCGACUCUUACCCAUGAAUCGAGGAUCCUGCGCACAGGACGGUGCCGCUGUGCUGGUGUUCACAGUGGGGAGGGCAGCAAAAGAAAACAAUCACGAUGGAAAAAGCAAUUAUAUUGAACUAUAGAGCACUAUCGUUCCUCCCAUAUCCACAGAUGCUAAUAUCAUCGAUCGGGAAAUGCCAUCGGAGAAUUAUUCUCCGAUCAGUCAGACAGACAAGACU